GAGGGCGGGGCUAAACCUGGGGUCGGAAGUAAGCGCAAACUGCCAUCCUCGCGACAAUGUACUACUACAAAGAAGCAGUAGUAUUAAUUAAAAGUAUAUUACUAAAAUAUAUUUCAGGGAAAUGUGUGUGCUCGCGUCACAAAGAGGUGGAAAGUGAACGUAAUGGGACCCCCGCCGUCGUGGUUGUGCCUUCAGCUCUUCUCGCGUGUCGUCGACGCGUCACGUCGCACAACAGCGCCGCCCUCUCUCGCGACGGCCGCUGUCGUCCACUACACCUGCCCGGUGAAAACGGCUCCGGCGGUGACAGCGCGGAGGAGCGUCUCCCGUCAGUCCUCUAGGGCGCCCAUCCCGAGCAACCGAUGCCGAAUGGCCCUCCCCUCCGCACACGGCCAUGUAAGCGAGGAUGCGACUGCCUAGCUCCAUCUUUGUGUCGGUGUCUCUGUUCACGGCCGAGGCCACUGCGGCGAUCUACCUGAGCUCGACGUACAGUUCGGCCGGAGACAGGUUUUGGCUCAAUCUCACCCUGCUCUUUACGCUGCUGCCGUCCCUGCUGGUGCAGCUGACCCUCAUCUUCAUCCACCGGGACCUGAGCCGGGACAAGCCGCUCCUCCUGCUGCUGCACAUCCUGCAGCUCGGACCCAUCAUCAGGUGUCUGGAGGCGUUCUGGCUCUACGGCAGCGUGGGCCGCGUGGAGGAUACUUAUGUCAGCAUCACCAGGAAGAAACAGCUGCACCGCACAGGCUCCAUGGAGGAGGUGGAGCACCAGGUGGGGCAGGCCGAAGGCAAGCUGAUCACGCACCGGGCGGCGUUCGCGCGCACCUCCGUCAUCCAGGCCUUCCUGGGCUCCGCCCCCCAGCUCAGCCUGCAGCUCUACAUCUGCGUGAUGGAGCGAGGCCUGUCUGUGGGACGAGUCACUCUGAUGUUAAUCUCGUUGCUCUCCAUCGUGUACGGAGCGAUGCGCUGCAACAUCCUGGCCAUCAAAAUCAAGUACGACGACUACGACGUGCAAAUGCAGCCCAUGGCCUACGUGUGCAUCUUCUUGUGGCGCGGCUGCGAGAUCGCCACCCGCGUGAUGGUGCUGGUCCUCUUCAGCUCCGUGCUGAAGAAGUGGGUGCUGCCCGUGAUCGCCAUCAACUUCUUGGUCUUCUUCUUCUACCCGUGGCUCCUCUUCUGGAAGAGCCACUCGCCCUUCCCGGAGAACAUCGAGAAGACGUUGUCGCGGCUGGGCACCGCCAUCACGCUGUGCAUGCUCACCUUCCUGUAUGCCGGCAUCAACAUGUUCUGCUGGUCGGGCGUGCAGGUGAAGCUGGACGACCCGGACCUGAUCAGCAAGUCCCAGAACUGGUACCGCAUGGCCGUGUUUUACAUGGCGCGCUUCAUCGAGAACGCCUCCAUGCUGCUGCUGUGGUACAUCUACAGGACGGACUUCUACCACAUCCUCUGGGUGCCGCUGCUGAUGCCCCUGCUGCUGGCGGCCUACAUCGCCGCCAUUUUCUUCAUGCUGAUCUUCUACCAGUUCUUCCACCCUUGUCGGAGGCUCUUCAGCACCAGCAUCAGUCACGACCUCAGGGACUACUGCGCUUUUUUCUGCCUGACGUGCAGGUCUCCGGAGGAAGGCGACAAGCCUCGCAAAGCGCCUGUGGCCGCCGACGUACGCUGCGACAUUCCCGACGCGGCGAACGGCAACGUCAGCUGCACUUUGGCGCCGUAA